AUGAAUAAUAUGUUUUAGACAACUGAACUUGUUAUGGAAUCAAAUGACUUUAGUUCAGAUUUAAAUAUUGCAAUAUCUUUAACAAAUCAUAAGCUUGAUGAAAAGCUAUUUCCUAGAUUUGUUGUAAUUACCUCUUUACUUCUAAAGUCUUUCAAGUCAUUUUAGGUAACAAAGAAUAAAAGAAUGCUCGAUUUAUUUAUAUAACUCUUAGAAGGAUGCCAAAAUUAGCCAUUUGACGAAAAGAGCAGAUCAUUAUUUUAAAGAUUUAAAGAAUAGUUAAAAAACUUAAGAGAAGAAUAAAUAAAUUAUAGAUAUAUCACAGAAAAGCUUUAAAGCGAAUUAUUUACAUUUACUUUGACACUAGUAGCUAAUAUUAUUUACCAUAAUCAUGAAGCCUAAUAAAAUUUUUUAUAUGGGCCAACACUGAUUUCUUGCUUUAAAGAAUUUAACUUAGAUAUCUACUUUAAUCCAAGUGAAGUCUAACCAAAUUAUACUCCCAUAGUAAUUCAAUAAUUAGAUUAUAAUAAAUAUGGAAUAAUGUUUUGA